ACAGCUGACGAGAGAGAGAGGGAGGGGAGAGAGGGAGGAGAGAGAGAGAGAGAGCGAGAGAGAGAGACGGAGAGGGAGAAAGCUGUCACACGGCACAGCAUCCGUGCGACUGCAGCGGCCGCGGACCUGUCCGAGCAGCACCCGCAGUUCUCCCAUCAUGCUCUCCUCUCCACUGCCGUCAGCUCCCACUGCAGCCCUCCCCCGUUCCCACAUCCUCGACAACGACAAACGGCAGACGGACAGGCCGAGGAACGAGCAGGGGGAACAGAAAUCUUCGGCGCUAGGGAGCCGGAGGGAAGAUAAUAACAUGAACACCGCCCUGGCCCCGCCCCCGGCCGCCAACAAGCCCCGCCCCCAGCCGGCCUCCUGGAAGAUGCCCUCCGCGUCCCCCAGGGCAGGAGGGGGUGAGGAUCAGACAGCGGCGGGGCAGCGCCAGGGGGGCCAGGAGCCGGCCCAGACACGACCGAGCGCGGUUCUGGAGCCCGACCCAAACUGCAACGAGCCGAGCCUGCCCUGCCUGUGCUGCGACCUGCACUCCCCGGACAGCAGGAACGACAACCACAACAACAACGGCCCGCGCCGCAAGAACAACAACACAAUCUCGCAGCAGGGGCCUCAGCUGCACCCGUGUCGCCCCCCGCUGGCUGCCACCGAUCAGGGCCCGCCCGGCCUGGAGCGGGAGGGGACCGAAGAGCAGGAGGAAGGAGCCGAGGAGGAGGAGGAGGACGAGGAGGACGACGAGGAUGAAGACGACACUCUCGUGCCCUCCUGCGGCGACUGCCCACCCUCCCUGCUGGACUUCUCCCUCUCGUCCUCCUCUUCCUCCAUCAGCAGCUGCUCCGACUUUGAGUCCGACUCUCCCAAUCCCCUCUCGCCUCCGGACUCCAGCCUGGGCUCCCUGCGCUCCCCCGGGACCCAGGGCCGGAUCGUCUCGCCGGAGCCGCAGCCCGCAGACGCCCCCCUCUCCCCCGACGAAGGGUACCCAUCGGCCCGCUGCUCCCCGUCUCCCGACGAGAUUCCAGGGAAGGAGGUUCUGCGGGCGCUUCCCCUCCGGGAGAAUCCCGAGUUCAGGGAGGGUCAGCAGGACGUCCAGCGGGGGGAUCUCCCGCCCCCGGACUCGCUGGCCCCCUCCCCCCUCCAGGUUUCCCCUCCCCGCCCCGGCAUGGAGGGCAUGGGAUCCGGAACGUCGUCCUCGUCGCUGACGACCGUCUCCCCGUUCUCCUCCCCCGAAUCCGAAUCCGACCGGAACGACCCGGCUCUCCGGGAUUCCCAGCUGCCUUCCUCCUUCUUCCCCUACCGCGCCUCCCGCUCCCCGCCACCGCCUCCUCCGCCGCCCCGCCGCCCCAGGAACGCCGUUCCCAAUAUCCCGUCUGGAAGACAGCCGGACGAUCCCGGUCCCGUGGAGGUCGACCGCAGCCAGGCUCCGGCUCCCCUUCCGAAAACCGGGAAGGCCCCCCCUCCUCUUCCCCCGCCUCCGUCCUUCCUGGCCCUGGACGCGGAGAUCUGCCGGCUGCUGGAGCUGGCCGGAUUGUCCCGGCACGAGCUCCCGGGCCUGAGCCCCGAGCCGGAGGGGCCGGGCUCGUCUGUGCCGACGGGGUCCCGUGCGGAGCUGGGGUUUGUGGACAGGCUCCCCCCACAGCCGUCCCCCCCGGUGCCGCCCCAGCCCUUCGGGAGCACCCCGUGGGAACAGAGCCCCCAGAAGCAGGCAGGGUCGAAGGUCACCACCUUCAAGGAGCUGAGGAACCGCAGCAAGCAGAAUCAGAACCAGAACCAGCCGUGCCAGGUCCAGCCGGGUCCGAGAUCUGCAGAGCCGGCACCACGAGGUCCCGACCCUGCCCUCCCCUGCAGCGAAGCGGGACAGACCGACAGCCAAUCGCAGCCCUGCGCAGAGCCCUGUCCCCUCCCACCAGCACAGCUCCCGCCCACUUUCUACUUACAGUCCCAGGCUCCCUCCUCAUUGGCUGGGAGGCACAUCCGUCCUGGGGCCUUGCAGCCAAUCGCAGAAGGCUCCGUGGAGCCGGAGCCCGGCACCCCUCCUUGGAGCAUCAGUCCAAGCAGCGACAGUCUGCUCCUGGCCCCAGGGGGUAAGAGGGCCGCAGAGGAACAGGAGAAGAGGGGGCAUGCAGAUGGGGCCAGGAACUGGGAGCGCCGAGCCACAGCAGUGCCCUCUCCCCCUCUUCCUCUCCGCCAGCUGCUCUGCUCCCCCUCUUUCCUCCAGAGCCGGAGCGCCCCAGAAGGCCCGCAGAACCCGUGCUGGAGGAUUGAGGCCCGGCCGAGGCAGUGCUACCCCGAGCUGGCCACUGGGGGGCGACAGGCGCUGCUGCCCUGGGACCCCGAGACCCCCGCUGCGUGGUCCAGCGAGGCUCUGACCCCCCCACCGCCCGUGGGGCCAAUAUCCCCCCUGGUUCUGCCUCGUCUCUCCCCCAUUGGGGCUUAUUCCCCCCCGCACAGAGCCGGGCUGCCCCUCCCGGGGGCAGAUUUGAGCCGCCUGUGCUCGCCUCUCUUCCCCCGCAGCCGGACCCUGCCCUGUCUGGCUCUGGGCCCCACCCCGGCCCCCAGGGGAGCCCCGAGCCCCCCAGACGGCUCUGGGCUGGUGUUGACGUCAGUGACCCGGCCGCACCGCCAGUGUGAGUGA